AUGUCGAAAGCAAAAGAUCUCUCUACACUCAUCGAAGUCACCAAAAACACCCAAACGCUCCUCACACACUACCAAUCGUCGCUUACACCCAGCAAAACCAACACCGCUACCACUGCAAUCGCAUCCGCGUCCGCGCCCGACCCGUCGACAGAAAUAGCGAAUCCGCUCGAACUGCUCCGCACCAGCAGCACGCUGCUCAAAUCGCACACGACGACCCUCUCGCUGCUUCUCAUCAACCCGCCUCUAACGGCGUCUGCGAUAGUCACCAAAAUCGGCAAUGUGAGCGAAGGUCCGCUAACCGGUGUCGUGGCCGCGGCGAGUUACGUGCCUGGCGCGGGACAACGGGGCGACGUGGGCGAAAUCAUGCGUGCGGAGAUGCGAGCGCAGGUCAAGGGGUUACUGGCGAGCUGGAGCGAGGUGCUGAGUAUUGUGCUUAGUAUUGCGCAGAAGCAAGGGGCAAAGAAAGGAGGAGGUGUGACGGAGGCGGAGAAACAACAAGUGCUUUCUGCCACGGGCGUGGUGUGGGAUGCGUGUGAUGGGGUGGAAAAACUGUGCAAAGACGGGGUGGUGGGGCUUGUGGUGAGGAAGGCACAGGAGUUGAGGGCUGUGCUGCUUGAUGCGAUUGAGGAGUUGAAGGAGUGGGGGGAAGAUGUUGCUGACGAUGACGAUGAUGACGAGGCGGAGAAUAGCGACCAAGAUGAUGUUUUCGCUACGGAAAAUAAGUUGGGCAAGGAUGACAAAGAGCUGAAGGCUCUGCUGGAUAAGAGUCUCAAGAAGCUGAAGAUGAUGGGGAUAUUGUACCAGGCGCUUGUUAAGAGGAGGCUGAAGACGUAUCCUGCGUCGAAGGCAAUAACAGAAAAGGGAGAAGGACAAGCAGAAGAAGAAGAAGAAGAAGAAGGGGGAGAAGCGAUACAGAGUCCGAGUGUCAAACUCAACGAACUCAUGCGUCUGCUCAAAGGCAUUCCAGAGACGGUUGAUGACAUUGCUGCUGCGUUUUACGAUCUCGACGCGGAUGAGGCACGAGAGACGCUAGACCGAUGCUGCGGCGAGGCCAAGACAGCAGUUGAACUUGUGCGCAGGAGUUGGAGUGGACAGGACGAUGAGUUCACAGCCUGGUCUGAGAAAUGGGUUGCAGCUCUUGACGAUGCU